AAUCCGGAUUUAAUUUGAUUAACCUAAGUAUUCAACUUAUUGAUUAAUGAGUUAUCGCUCGUCUUGAGAAGAUUUUUGUGGUCUCUAAAGUCAAUUUUUAUGUUUUGGUUAAUCUGAAAACGUUUUAUUGGAAGAGUUUGAUUUUGAACGAAAAGGAAAGAUCCCUGAUCUGUUGAUUUUGUAGGGCAAAAAGAUAAGGGAAUUGCAAAAAUUAGGGUGAGGAUUUUGCUUUAUUUGUAAUUCAAAUGGGGUGAGGGCGAAAUGAUUCUGUUUCUCAUUUGCUUCGAUCAAUCAUAAUUCAUAAGUAGGUUUUUGCAGAGGGCAAUCGACUAUGAUCAUGUCCCCAAACGAGAUAGCAAACAAUGCGAUCAGGCACGCUCUCAGGGCGCUGCGCCAACGCCAUCUAGUUGAAGAAGGUGCGCAUGCUCCCGCUUUUCUCGCUCUCUCUCGGCCCAUCAUAUCGCAGAGUUCGGAAUGGAAAGAGAAAGCAGAGAAGCUGGAGUUGGAGCUUCAGCAAUGUUACAAGGCUCAAUCGCGAUUGUCUGAGCAACUUGUGGUGGAAGUGGCUGAGGGUCGAGCUUCUAAAUCUUCGAUUGAGGAGAAAGAUGCGACGAUUGAUAAUCUGCAGCAGGAGUUAACUCGAGCCAGGGAUGAAUGCUCCCAGCUAAAGGCAGACUUAGAGAUGAAAAUUAAAGCCAUGGAACUGGCUAUAUCUGAGAGCCAAGAACUUAAAGCACAGCUUGAAGCAAUGACGAUCAAAGCUAAGAAUACAGAGGCUGAAAAUAAUAUGUUGAUUGACCGGUGGAUGCUGCAAAAGAUGAAGGAUGCAGAACGCCUCAAUGAGGCAAAUGCACUCUAUGAAGAUAUGAUUGACCGACUCAAGGCUAGUGGGUUAGAGAAACUUGCUCAGCAACAGGUCGAUGGUGUGGUCCGUCAGAGCGAAGAGGGUGCUGAAUACUUCGUAGAAUCCACCGUACCCUCUGUAUGCAAGCAUAGUAUCCGUGCGCAUGAAGGGGGCUGUGGUACUAUUUUGUUUGAAAACAAUUCAGGAAAGUUGAUCAGUGGGGGGCAGGACCGAACCGUCAAAGUGUGGGAUACAAAUACUGGAUCAUUAAGUUCCACUUUACAUGGGUGCCUUGGUUCUGUUCUUGAUCUUGCAGUUACCCAUGAUAAUAGAUCUGUCAUUGCAGCAAGCAGUUCAAACAACUUAUAUGCAUGGGACGUUGGUUCUGGAAGGGUGCGCCAUACGCUUACCGGUCACUCCGACAAAGUAUGUGCUGUAGAUGUAAGCAAAAUCUCGAGCCGACAUGUUGUGAGUGCUGCUUAUGAUCGCACCAUCAAAAUCUGGGAUUUACAGAAGGGUUACUGCACUAAGACCCUCAUUUUCCCCAGCAAUUGCAAUGCAGUUCGGUUCAGCAUGGAUGGACAGACCAUUUGUUCUGGGCAUAUGGAUGGAAAUCUUCGGUUGUGGGAUAUCCAAACAGGAAAAUUGCUCAGCGAAGUUGCUGGACACUCCCUUGCUGUUACAUCUCUUUCUUUGUCACGUAAUGGCAAUACGAUAUUGACUAGCGGGAGAGAUAACUUGCAUAAUUUAUUCGAUAUUCGGUCUUUGGAAGUCUGCGGGACAUUACGGGCAUCUGGGAAUAGAGUAGCUUCCAAUUGGAGCCGUUCUUGCAUCAGCCCAGAUGACAACCAUGUUGCUGCUGGUUCCGCUGAUGGAUCUGUCCAUGUCUGGUCAAUAUCAAAGCAUGAUAUUGUGAGCACUCUGAAAGAGCACACUGCCUCUGUUCUGUGUUGUUCAUGGAGUGGGCUUGGGAAACCCCUUGCGUCUGCGGACAGAAAUGGAAUUAUAUUUACAUGGAACUGAAAUAGCAUCUACUUGUUUCCCACUUGAUGUACAGAAAAUAGAGACAAGUUGAUACACUUAGAAGUUGGGAACAAUCAAUCUCAUUCCUAUGGUGCAUAAGGUUUGUAAUCUUUCCAUUAUCCUCUGAUUUGAUCUGAUCAUAGUGUCUCGAUAGCUUUACUACUCGAUUGAUUUUCAACUCGAGCCUUGUUUUUCCUGGACUUUUUUUUCUAAAACUUACGUGUAUUAGGUGAAGAUAGUUGUACCUUGAAUGAUUAUUAGGUGAAGAUAAUUGUACCUUGAAUGAUUAUCUAUCAACUAGAUUGAAGAAAUGUUUACAA